AUAACUUUUGAGAAGGCUAGGAGUGAUCUAUAUCUAACUUUGAGAAUAGCCCAUAUAAAUGUUCGACUGUGCCCGUUGCACAUAUCCUAGGUAGCUUCUUCGUUAUACCACGUGCAUAUGGAACUUCAGUUAGGUCUUGCUCUCCCCACUCACAACUCCGCCGAGGAAUUCAAGCUCAGCAAGUCCAAACAAAUAGUGAGUUCAGAGUUAUGGAGACCCAGUUGCGGUUCUGAAAGUGGAAAGCAUGUCAAACACAAGCGCAACUUUGAAGAAUCCUUUGAACGUUUUCUGAAACCUUUCCCUUUACUAGUAUGGAGUGGGCAGCCAAAUGAAGAAGAUGACCGUAGUCAAAAAGUGCGAAGAAACAUUCACACACCCAACAAGAACCGUAGUGAAGAAAACCAUUUGGUGGGGUGGCCACCAGUUAAGUCAUGGAGGAGGAAAGAACUUCAUCAGCAUCAUCCUGCAAGAGGCCAAAUCAGGAACGAUAGGAUUCAAGCUAAUGGGAAUCAAAGUAGAGGACCAAACUCUUUAUAUGUGAAAGUUAACAUGGAAGGGGUAACCAUAGGAAGGAAAAUCAAUUUGAGGCUUUUCAACUCGUAUAAAACACUUACAAACGCCUUGAUCAACAUGUUUGCUAAAUACCAAAAAUUGGAGGAGGCUGGAGAAAGUUACACACUCACCUUUCGAAACGAGCAAGGGGAUUGGCUGCAAGUAGGACAUGUUCCAUGGCAAUCAUUUAUAGAUACAGUGCGGCGUUUGGUGCUACUGAAGAAUGGAAGUGAAACUAUUUGAUACAGUUUAUAAUUUUGCUAUGAUGCUGUUUAUGGGAAAAAGUAUUUGCUUUGAAAAGGUUGUAGAGAGCAAAAACCUCAAUAUGAAAAGUUGGAUUUCAAGUAACUGCUUCAACUUUAAUUCUUUAAUAAUAACUUUUUGUUUCAAUCACUCGAACUUUCACAUUUCAAUAUAUCUCUGAGUGAUCAUUUGUAUCAGUAGAAAUAUUGCAUUAUAGUAAGGUAGCAGAAGUAUUUAUGAAGAAGUUGGUAUCCAAAGGCAUUCCUCUGCUGCCAGCAGUAACAGUAGUGAGACAUGUGUUGCAGUUGUCUUACCUAGUUUGUGAUUCCACAACCUUGUUCUUCCCAUACAAAUAACUGUAACUCACUGCACAAUUUUCUUUGUGAUCAAGGAUUGUCUUCAAUACAAUAAAUUGGUUAUGUCUUGUUUUGUA